GGCUCGUGGCCAGAACUGGAUCUUAACUGUCCGUGUCCGGCGGUGUCCGGAACCGGGUGGCCGACCUGUGGUCCAGGAGAAAGCGCGAAUGUAGGAAAAGCCUCCCGCCACCCGCAAUGUGUCGACUGGGUGUCCUGCUGCUGCUGCUCCCCUCGGUCCUCCUGUCCUGCUCCGCUACCCCGAUCCAUGAUGCCGACCCUCAGGAGAGCUCCUCUGGCUUUCUGGGCCUCCAGAGUCUUCUCCAAAGCUUUAGCCGACUGUUCCUAAAAGACGACCUGCUGCGAGAAAUAGACAACUUCUUCUCCUCCCCCGUGGACUUCCGAGACCUUCCUAGGAACUUCCAUCAGGAGGAGAACCAGGAGCACACACUGGGGAACCACACUGUCCUGAGCCACCUGCAGAUAGACAAGACGACUGACAACAAGACAGGAGAGGUGCUCUUCUCCAAGAAGGUGGUGGCCUCCAUCGAAUCAGACGGGAACCUGGAGGGUGACUGGAAGGUGCCCAAAGUGGAGGAGAAAGAGCUCCCAGUGCCGGUGCCGAAAGCAACAGACAGCUUGCACCCGGAGCCCCGGCGGGUGGCAUUCUGGAUCAUGAAGAUGCCAAGGCGGAGGACCCAGCCAGACGUCCAGGAUGGGAGCCGCUGGCUCAUAGAAAAGCGACAUCGCCUGCAGGCCAUCCGGGAUGGGCUCCGUGGAGGCGCCCAUGAGGACAGCCUCCAGGAAGGGGCCCAUGUCCCCCAACGCGUCAAGCUGCCUAUCCGAAAGACACACUUUCUCUAUAUCCUCAGGCCGUCCCAGCAGCUAUAGGGUGAGGACCAGGUUGUCCCCGCAUGUCCCAUACCCUACCC